AAGAUUGGCAAAGCAGGAUGCAGCAGGCUUACGAGAUCGCAACCAAAUAUGCUACCUGUGUAUCAAACAGAGGGAAAAAAGGAUAUGACAAAAGAGUUUAUGGAGCUGACCUGCAGCCUGGGGGGCGUGUGCUUGUACGCAACUUAUCAGAGAGAGGAGGCCCUGGUAAGCUCAGAUCCUUUUGGGAAGAUAAAGUACACAUCAUCACAAAGAGGAGAAGUGAUAUCAGUCCAGUGUAUGAAGUAGUACCAGAAGGAGGUGGUAAAAGUCGUGUGCUGCAUAGGAACCUCCUGCUCCCCUGUGACAGUCUCCCAAUCGACAACCCAGAAAUAAGCUCAAAAAGGACUAAAAAGACUAAGUCGAGUACAUUGUCAUGUCAUCUUUGUCCACAAGAAGAAACUUCAGACAGUGAGAGGGAUGAGGAAAUGGAGCUAGUAUGCCAGUUUCCUCCUGCUCAGCACAGUGGUCACCGAGCUGUCAGCUUAAACCCAGAUGCUGAACCAUUUACACCAGACCUACAUGAUCAAGACAAUGCACCAAAAGUGAAAGAACCGCAGGCUGCAUGGAUGGACAACAUACCAGAAGAUGGAAGCCAAGACGUGGAGCUGCACCAGGAUCCUCCUGAGCUAUCUGUGGAAACGGUUUCUGAGGAAGAAGAUGAUCCAGCUGUCUCACCGCCUACAUCGAGCUAUCCAAAGAGAGAGCGCCGCCGUCCGAGGAUGCUGACCUAUCGUGCUUUGGGUGACCCUAACUCACAUGAACAUCCACAUUGCGCAGCUCAGCCGCUUCAUCCCGACGUUGCAGAGACAGGCUUUCCGGGUUCCUGGGACAACAUCUACUGGUCCAAGGCCACCGCUGUUGGUUUGCUCAGCUACUGGACAUAGUGGCUAAAAUAGAUGGCCCCGCUAGCCAGUGUAGGAAGGUGGGGCACUCUGAUAUUGUAAAU